ACUUCUCCCAUCUCCACAAAACCCAUGGAACCGGACCCCAAAUUCCCUCUGCCCCAGUCGGUAGCGAUUGCAUUUGCACUCUACACACCCUUCUAUCCUCCAUUGAUAAUCAACUAAAAAUCUCUGACAAAACAACUGCAUAAACCCCAUAGCCAUGCGCGCCCGAGCACCACCUCUUAAGCCAUACCCGUUGAGCCCAUUUGAUGACGACGCGGCUGAGGGUGGCGGGUCGGCGCGCCCUGGGGCUCGCAAGAAGGGCGUCGGCGUGCGCCCGUGGCUCCUGGUCGAUGCAUCGGGCCAGACGCAAGUAGUCGAGGCCGGAAAGCAUGCGAUUAUGAAGAGAACGGGCUUGCCUGCUCGUGAUUUGCGAAUACUGGAUCCUUUGCUCUCUUAUCCAUCAACUGUUUUGGGGAGAGAGCGAGCGAUUGUGAUCAACUUGGAGCAUAUAAAGGCGAUUAUCACUGCUCAUGAGGUUUUGUUGUUGAAUUCGAAGGAAAAUUUGGUACUGAAUUUCAUUGAGGAGUUGCAGAGGAGCCUGGUUCGGUUUCAGAGUGUGGCUAAGCAGCAGGAAGGUGGGAUGGGCGAUGGAAAUGCAAAUUGGGGGAGCAUGUAUGAUUCAACAGAGGCUCAAUCUGCGACAUUGAACCCUGAUUUCAAUUAUCCAAGGGAGUUCUCAAUGUUUCACGAGACAAAUGACAUUGGAAAACCAGCAGAGCAACCUGGUUUAGAGAGUGGAGUGGGCCCAAGAGUGCUCCCAUUUGAGUUUAUUGCAUUAGAAGCCUGCCUUGAAUCUGCUUGUGGCUGCUUGGAAAAAGAGGCUAGAAAAUUGGAAAAUGACGCACAUCCAGCUUUAGAUAAGCUGACAUCCAAGAUCAGCACUCUCAAUUUGGAACGUGUCCGACAAAUCAAAAGCCAGUUGGUUGCAAUUACUGGUCGUGUGCAAAAGGUUAGGGAUGAACUUGAACAUCUAUUGGAUGACGAUGAAGACAUGGCUGAGAUGUACUUGACUGAUAAGCUAUUUCAGCAAAGACUAGAUGGUUCUGAUUCUCUCGCUUCAUUGAAUGAGAGAAGAGAGAGUGUAGACAAUGGUGUUGUUACAUCUGAUGUGGAGGAUGGAAGGAUUGCUGUGGAAAUGGAAGCACAUGAUGUGUCAAAUAAUGAUGAAGGGGAUCUUCAAAAUGAUGAUAAUCAGGAAAGUGUAUAUGCUGUCUCUCGUUUACUAAGUAGUGGCCAUGGCACCCGCACCAGUAGUACUCGUAGUGGUAGCAAGCAUCUUGAUGUAGAGGAGCUGGAAAUGCUUUUGGAGGCUUAUUUUGUGCAAAUUGAUGGGAUACUCAACAAUCUAUCCGCGCUGCGGGAGUAUGUGGAUGACACAGAGGAUUACAUCAAUAUCAUGCUUGAUGACAAGCAAAAUCAUCUCUUGCAAAUGGGGGUCAUGUUAACUACUGCUACUCUUGUUGUGAGUGCAUUUGUUGUGGUGGUUGGCGUGUUUGGCAUGAAUAUUAAGAUUGAGUUGUUCACAUCCGAAAAGGCUGGUAUGCCUGAGUUCCUGUGGACAGUUGGUGGUGGUGCUACUGGUAGCAUAUUUCUCUACAUUGCGGCAAUCACAUGGUGCAAACACAAGCGACUGCUCGAAUGAGUCAAAGUUCUCCUUUGGUACCCCCUCCCGGCGUGUUUCGAGGGGGGUUUUGGUGGUGUACCUUGUUCCUCUCAUCACUUGCUGCAAGCACAAACACCCACUCAGGUGAGUCCAAGUGCUAUAGGUGAUGAAAACAUUCUCUCCCUCUCUCGAUGUUGAUUACAUUUGUUUCCCAUGGGAUCUCUCUCUAUCUAUCUAUCUAUCGACGUUGUUGAUUGUAUUUGUUUACCAUGGGAUGGCUCUCUUGGUUAUUCAGAAGCCAGGCUUGUCUUACAUUGUAACAUGUUGUCCCGAAGUGCAAGGGCAACAACUUGUAGAAUAGGCUUUAUGAUCAACUGGAUAAUUGUACGUGUCACUAGAUAAUGUAUAAUAAAGUCUUACAUCCAAAAUCA